AUGGGUCUCCUGGAGCUGGUGGCCUCAAACAUUGUUUCGCGAAUCAUGGCGUUCCUGAGGAUCCUGGUGUUGCUGGUCGUCGGUGUUGCGGCUGCUGGAGCAGACUGUGGUCCAGAAGACGGGGCGUUCGUGUGUCGGGACGUGUGCGGCGAGGAGGUGAGGGGCGCCGGCGGCUACGGGCGCCGCGUGACGUUCGUUGGAGCGACGCUGUUCCUGGACUGCGUCAGGCAGGCGGAUCUCAAGGAGGUGAAGCUGCUGUCGCCGACGGUCUGCGUUGGGCGUCGGGCCGACAUGGAUCGUGUCGUGACGCCUUGGAGGUGGUGCGAGGAAGUUGUGCCACCCGAGCCGGAAGUUUCGACGGCGGCAGUUCCGCCGGUGGUUGAUGAGCCUCGCCUGGUGGCGCCGACAGCCAACCUGGUGGUCGUCCACGUGCCGGCGAGCAAAACGCCGUUCGUGGCUCGGGCGCCGCCCUCGACGCAGCAAAGCGUCGUGGUGGCCCAAGAGGUGCCACACGUCAUCAAGGCACCGUCGUCGACGCCGGAAGUGACGGUCAACAUCAAGCAUGGUGUUGCGCACGUCGAGGCGGACGUGGACCCGUGGACAGCCAUGGUCCUGGUUUUUAUGGGCCUUGGAGGGGCUGGAGCCACGUCUCUGGCUGUAUUUUUGGUCUGGCUUGUGAAGUUCAUCAGGAACAAGUCAUCGUACAUGAGGGAGCUGGUGCGCAUGCUGACGCCGGAGGAUCAGCGGGAUCCGGAAGCCCAACCGGUGGAAGAUCUGCUGGGGCUGGAAGAGGCGGAUAAACCCGUCGAAGAAGAGAAGGAGGAGAAACUGUCAUCGUACAUGAGAGAACUGGUGCGGAUGCUGACGCCGGAGGAUCAGCAGGAUCCGGAAGCCCAACCAGUGGAAGAUUUGCUGGGGCUGGAAGAGGCGGAUAAAACCGUCGAAGAAAAGAAGGAGGAAGAACUGAUGGCGUUCCUGAGGAUCCUGGUGUUGCUGGUCGUCGGUGCUGUGGCUGCUGGAGCGGACUGUGGUCCAGAAGAUGGAGCGUUCGUGUGCCGAGACGUGUGCGGCGAAGAGGUGAGGGGCGCCGGCGGAUAUGGGCGCCGCGUGACGUUCGUUGGAGCGACGCUGUUCCUGGACUGCGUCAGGCAGGCGGACUUGAAGGAAGUGAAGCUGCUGUCGCCGACGGUCUGCGUCGGACGUCGGUCCGAGAUGGAUCGAGUGGUGACGCCGUGGAGGUGGUGCGAGGAGGUCGUGCCACCCGAACCGGAGAUUUCGACGGCGGCGGUUCCGCCGGUGGUUGAUGAGCCUCGCCCAGUGGCGCCGACGGCCAACUUGGCGGUCGUCCACGUGCCGGCGAGCAAAACGCCGUUCGUGGUUCGGGCGCCGCCCUCGACGCAGCAAAGCGUCGUAGUGGCCCAAGAGGUGCCACACGUCAUCAGGGCACCGUCGUCGACGCCGGAGGUGACGGUCAACAUCAAACAUGGUGUUGCGCACGUCGAGGCGGACGUGGACCCGUGGACGGCCAUGGUUCUGGUCUUUAUGGGCCUUGGAGGUGCAGGGGCUACAUCUUUGGCUGUCUUCUUGGUCUGGCUGGUCAAGUUCAUAAGGAACAAGUCAUCGUACAUGAGGGAGCUGGUGCGCAUGCUGACGCCGGAGGAUCAGCAGGAUCCGGAAGCCCAACCGGUGGAAGAUCUGCUGGGGCUGGAAGAGGCGGAUAAGACCGUCGAAGAAGAGAAGGAGGAGAAACUGGUCCUUGAGGACAACAAUCCGUUUAAAGAGAUGUUGAACGCGUAAAUAUAAAAUCGCGUCAAAAGAGAGUGCCAUUUUUCGUACCCGCGUUUUGUAUGGGUAAAGGCAAUAAGAGAAAUUGUAAAAAGAA